CCCUGUGCACCCGGGUACAAGAGGGCGGCGCGACGCCAGCGAGCCAGAGCUGGCGACCCGAGGCAGCGGCGCAGUGCUCCAGCCAUGACACGCGGCCUUCAGUUCCUGCUUCUGAGCUGCGCCUGCGGCGUGACGCUCGCGGCGCGAGACAUAAAGGUGGUUUGUUCCGAGGAUGUGGACUUGCCCUGCACCGCCCCCUGGGACCCGCAGGUCUCCUACACGGUCUCCUGGACCAAGCUUACCGAGGUGGGUGAAGAGCUGAUGGAGGUGCGCCAGGAAGAUCUGAGCACCCGUGAACAGUACUAUUAUCAGAAGGAGCGAAACAGCUCUCUGGAAGCCCCCAGUGAAGGGCUGUAUUCCCUGAAGAUCCGAAACACUACCAGCUGCGACACAGGGACUUACAGGUGCAUGCUGUGGGAUCUGGAAGGGCAGAGAAACCAGAGUGGCACAGUGACCCUGAGGGUGAUCGGAUGCCCAGUGCAACGCAAAGAAGAGAAUUUUAAGAAAUACAGAGCUGAGAUUGUACUGCUGUUGGCGCUAGUUGUUUUCUACUUAACACUCAUCAUUUUCACCUGUAAGUUUGCAAAACUACAGAGUAUUUUUCCAGAUGUUGCUAAACCUGGCAUGGAACGAGCAUUCUUCCCAGUCACCUCCCAAAAUAAGCAUUUGGGGCCAGUGAUUGUUCAGAAGACUGAACUAGUAUGAGCAAGAUUUCUGUAGGUUGGUUUUCUUCAAACUGAGAGUUCUGUGGUGUGCCUGUCUUCCACACUGGACAAAAGAAGAAUGAACCUCACACUGAAGAUGGUACCUUUCCUAUGAAGUCCUUCACCUGACUGAAACAUCUGAAAGUGGGUCGCACCUCACUUUCUGCAAGUGAGGCUUGAAAACCACAACAUGACCGUGUCACAUGGGGCCAUCUGCACAGUGUUCUCCAGUGCUGCUUUUUCAAGGCUCCUGCCUUAGUGUUUUGUUCAACUCUGUAGUCAACCUCUUGGAAACUUUUUCAGUCAUAAAAAAGCUAUGGGGAGAUACUGUUGGAAAAGGGUCUUGGAAAAUAUGAGUGCCUUGUCACAGACUCCUAAGGACAGCUGUAUUCUUCCACAUCUGGGAAACAUCUCUUUGAAUUUGCUGUUUUGUUGUAUCAGCCAGAUGUUUUCUGUCUGGGAGAAAUGGACAGGCCAAGCUGUGAAACAGUGGGAAAUAUUUUGCAAAUAAUUGCCUGGUGUGAAGGCCCUGCAGUUACUAAGAAGUAUUAUGUGUGCAUAGAAGUAGGUCAGUGAACUGUUCCCCAACAGGGCCUUUUCAUCUGGGAAAGACAUCCAUAAAGAAGUAAUAGAGUGUCACAUUUAUUUUUAUAUCUCCAUACACUUUCCAAAGAAGGAGUUGUGUUUUUUUCUCCUUUUGAAACCUGUAUCUACAACUAGAUAUCAUUGUCAGUUGACAGAUUUCCAGAAUAUAGAGAUUAAGAAGAAGUCAGAAGCUGACAAGAGGACUAGAAGCUCUUUUCAUGACCUGAUGGCAGCUACUGGACAUAUCAUGCAAUCUGGGGUCUAGUCCUUGUUGCCUCACUACCUAGCUGUACGAUCUUGGGCCAGUUCUUUAUGGUUUCUCCUUUCUCAGUUGUCAACCAGAAGGUUGUUGUGUAAGUGGUUUGAAAUAAUGUAUGUGAAAAUGUUUGAAAAAGUAUAAAGCACUAUCCAAGUUUGAAA